AUGAUGAGGCAGGUUUCCAAAGUCGAUGUUGAAGCUCUUGCGCAGAAACUCCACUUACUAUCAGAAAGAUUCACUCCAUUAUCACUUAGCCGCGCUCAUUCUCGAGGUAUUGCUACGCAGGUUCACGAACUCAACCAUCGCCAAACGAAUAAAAUCUGGGUCAAGAUGACGGACGCUGCGCGCUGGAAAUCGACCGUCUUCGUUGGUGGACUGGCCUCCAUAGUGACGGCCGCCAACGUUCACGAUGCAUUCAUCCCCUUUGGAGAAAUUGCCGAUGUGUCGCUACCGAAGAACGACAAGCCAAACUCAACAGAUCCUCACCGUGGCUUCGCUUAUGUUGAGUAUGAAGAUACGGAGGACGCGAAAGAAGCCAUCGACAACAUGGAUCAGUCAGAAUUCUUCGGGCGAGUCAUCAAGGUGUCAGCCGCUAAAGUUCCCAAGAGCGCAGACGAGGGCUUGGGCAGCAAGAAGGCUGUCUGGGAACAGGAGGGAUGGCUGGCAGAGCAUGCUGUUGGAGAGGAGGAUGGAUUGGCAACAGACCAGGGCACAGCACAGAUUGAGAUGCGUGGGGAUGACCCCAUGCAAGGUUUGGAGGGGCUCGAUGUCGCGGGACCACGACCAGAGUGA